CAGGAAGGCAUUGCAGCCAUGAACUGCAGCUACUUAUCCAAACAUAGUUCUAGUGGUGCACACGAACGCUCAUAUGCCUCCACAGAUUCCUCUCCCCUUCUUCCUUCAGUAGCCCACCAUCUCCACUUCCUUCUCUGAAGCUAUGACCGACACCGUCGACAAGCUCGUCGUCUUCCUUGCGAAGAGAGAUGGCAUCGACAAGCUUGUCAAGACCUUCCAGUAUGUCUCCAAGCUCGUGCACUGGCAUGUCGAAGCCGCGCACCCAGACAUAGCUAGAAGAGCCAAGCACUGGGAAGUGGCCUCUGGCCUCAGCCGCAAAGCCUUUCGAAGUGGUCGCUUCCUCACCGGCUUCAAUGCCCUCCGCCGGAACCCUGGCUCCGCCCCUCUCUUCCGCUUCCUCGCGGUGUUCGCCAAUGCCGGUGAGAUGGUCUACUUCUUCUUCGACCACUUGCUUUGGCUGUCAAGGAUAGGUGUGAUAGAUGCUAAUCUAGCUCGAAGGAUGAGCUACAUCUCGGCCUUCGGAGAGGCUCUUGGCUACGUUUUCUUCAUCAUAAUGGAGUUUAUUAUUAUUAAGAAGGGACUGGUGGAACAGAGGAAGCUUGAAGCUAUGAAGGACGAGGAACAGGUGAGGAAGAUCAGAGAUGACAGGGUGAUGAGGUUGAUGGCAGUGGCAGCAAACAUAGCAGACCUGGUGAUAGCUCUGGCAGACAUACAGCCCAAUCCUUUCUGCAACCAUGCGGCCACGUUGGGGAUCAGUGGGCUGGUCUCGGCUUGGGCUGGUUGGUACAGGAACUGGCCGUCGUGAAAAGAAAUCCGGUGAUCAUCGGAAAUAUUGUCAGAAUUGCUGGAUUGAAGGCAAGGAGAAGCAACGGGAAAGUCCAAAGAACAAAUAGCGCAUGAAUCAUUAUGUGAUAUUGUAUGGGCUUGUUACUGAGAUGAUACAUGAUGCAUGCUAGCAAAAAGUUAUAUGCAAUGAAAAGUUGAGCAGAUGUAACAACAAUGCAUAUUGAAUAAUUGGCUGUUGAGAUAGGAUUCCAAUUCAAGUUC